CUUUUGAUCUUGUGCAUUCUGAUGUUUGGGGUCCAUCUCCUACACCCACCAUGGGGGGUUCCAGAACAGGAUACACUGCCACAACAAUCUUGUCCUUAUACUUCUGAACAAAAUGGGCGAGCUGAACGCAAACACAGACACAUCCUUGAUUCUGUUCGUGCUCUGCUCAUUUCAUCCUCUUGUCCAGAGCGAUUUUGGGGUGAGGCUGCUCUUACAGCUGCUUAUCUUAUUAAUCGCAUUCCAUCAUCAGUCCUUAAUAACCAGUCUCCAUAUGAGCGUCUACAUGGUACAUCUGAUGAGCUCUACAAUGCCUCACCACAUGCUCCAACCAGUUCUGUAGAAGAUGAUCUGCCUACUGAGGCCUCUUCUAACCCUCUUUGGCAACAAGCUAUGCAAGAUGAAUUACAAGCUCUUGAGAACACUCGUACAUGGGAUUUAGUUGAUCUCCUUGCUGAAAAGUCUCUAAUAGGCUGUAAAUGGGUGUACAAGAUCAAAACGCGAUCUGAUGGUUCUGUGGAGAGUUAUAAGGCACGCUUGGUUGCCAAGGGUUUUACACAGGAGUAUGGAAUCGACUAUGAAGAGACAUUUGCUCCAGUUGCUCGUCUUACAUCUGUGCGCAGUUUGCUUGCUAUCGCUGCUAUACGGAGAUGGAAAUUUAUUCUUCAAAGUAGUCAAUACCGUACUGGUAUAUGUACUGGUUUUGCUACUGGAACGAUAAAUGGAGCUCGGUGCAACAAAUGGGCCACUGGAAUGGAAACACAUGGCGCUGGAACUUACGAUGGAGAAGGGAACUGCACACAUGGGAGGAUAACCAAGUGGAACACUGCAUCAGUUACUCAGAUGAUUAUGAAGAAAUGCUGGAACAAGAUGGUGCCAAACAAGGUUUGCUCUUUCGCUUGGCUGUUACUGCAAAACCGGAUCCCAAGUAAAGAUAAUCUGCUGAAAAGGGAAGUAAUCAAGGAAGCCAUGGAUGCAAUGUGCAUGUUUUGUGCUGACAAAAUUGAAGAUGCGGACCAUUUAAUUAUGAAAUGUGAUUUUUCCUAUGAAAUAUGGUCAAAAUGCUUUGAAUGGUGGGGUAUCUGUUAUGUCCGGCACAAUAACUGUAGGGAAGGUUUCAUUCAACAUUUGUGGGCGGCUAGAAACAAGAAAGGAUGGCAGGUCUGUAGCGGUGGGCAAAUGCCGAUUUCGGAGAAAACCGAUACCAAAAAAGUGGAGAAAGGAGGGAGAACAUUGGAGAGGAUGAAAAAGCGGGAAGAGGGGCCAAGUGGACUGAGUCGUUGUGUUGUGAACAAAUUAAUUAAAGAAAUACGAGAUCAGAAGUAUGAUGAGAAGGCAAACAAGGUGACAAUUAAGGUGGUGAGCUGCUUGCCGGAGAAGAUCAGGGACAAGUUAUGCUGCAAGGGUGGUGGAUGCAUCAAGAGCAUUGAGAUCAAAGAGCCGACUCCGCCUCCACCUCCACCUCCGCCUCCGCCUGCGGAAAAGCAUGUGAAAGUAUCUGUAGAUCUGCAAGUCCAGGGGUUUUGUUAUUGUAAAUGCUGUAGCGGAUGGCCUUGGGGCCCAUGUUACUGUGGCGGGCAAGUCCAAUGCGUUCUGUGUUAUGGGAGACCCGUUUGCGACAGCUGGAGCGGUUGUGGAGAAACUCAACCAGGCUGCUCAAUCAUGUAAAUACUAAUAAUAAGACUGUUUGAAAUCCAGCCAAGUUAAAUCCAAUAAUAAGUAACUGUUGUUUUACAAAUUAGUUUCAAAAUAUAUAGAAGUUGAUUUAUAAACAUCUUCAUUGUCC